GUGGUUGGGAGCUGGGCACACCCCUCACACACCCUCCCUAUCCCCGCCUCAUCGCCUUAUUCCACUCCCGUCGUCCCCUCUCCAUCGUCCCCCUCUUCUCCAUCCCUCUCUUCAUCCUCCCACCCGGCACCUCCCCAUCAUCCCCAGCCCCGUUAUCCCUCCCGUGCCCCGCAGGCGCUGCAGAGCCGCGGGUACCAGAAGCUGGUGCUGCAGGUGGGCCGGGGCUCGCUGCCCCAGGCGCAGCCCAGCAGCAGCUCGGCCGUGGCGGUGGAAGUGUUCCGCUUCAAGGACUCGCUGGCUGAGGAGCUGCAGAGGGCAGAUCUGGUCAUCAGCCACGCAGGUGCUGGUAGCUGCCUGGAGACUCUAGAGAAAGGAAAACCACUAAUAGUAGUAAUAAAUGACAAGCUGAUGGACAACCAUCAGCUUGAGCUGGCCAAACAGCUCCACAGAGAUGGCUGUGUCCUCUACUGUAACUGCAGGUAUGGAGCUGCUGUGGCUGUUCCUGCUGGACAAGAACAUUCAGUCCAUGUGACUGCAGAGCUGAGAAUGUAACAACGAAAUGUACAUCCUUCUCUGUAAUCUCCAUCUGGAUACUAGAUUUGCCAGAGUGAAUACUAACAUUAGGUAGUAAUUUACCACACUUACCAAGCCUUUUGACCAUGGCCUCUUUUAAUUAUUUUUUUCUAUUUGAGGGUACGUGUCUUUAGAUUAAAAGAAGAAAAACACUUGAAUUCAGGGAGAUUCAUAAAUCAGACAUUAUCUGGUUAGUAACUUUAAGUACUUCUGCUUUUCAAGUACUUAUUCAGGCUGCCCUUUUAACCAAACUUCCUGAAUCCACCAUACCCUCUGACAAGGGGUUUCACAGAUCUACUGCCUGUCACUUCAGGGGAAAAACCCAAAUGAAACAAACAAAACACACCAAAAAAAAACCACCAAAAAAAAACCAAGCAAAAAACACAUGAAAAAAUCCCACAGUCACCAAAACCACCUAGCUCCUUUUUUUACCAAAAACUCCUGUUUGGUUUAUUUCUUCUCCAGGUUUUGACUGUGUCUUACUGUUUUCUCUUUGCUUGUGACUGACUCCACUCUUAAAAUAACAGAUGACUUUUAAACUGAAGGCAGAGAAAAUGUCACUCCCAUUACUUAGUCUUCAUCUUGUUCCUUUGCCCUGCCAGCAGAAUUUCAUGUUUCAGAAGAGCUUUCUGAACAGACCAGGCCUGGCAUUUGUUUACACUGAACAAGUUUCUUAAACUCAUUAUCUUGGUGCUUCUUGUCAGCUUUGGAAUUUUUAUUUCUUUGUGUUGGGCGGUGCCAAGCAUUUGAGCCUUAUUUGCAGCCUGAUAAUAGCAAGUAACAGAUUGACAUAGCUGUUCUUUCUGGCUCUCUGAUCAGGGGAGAACUCUGCCAUGUGUUCAAAUAGGAUGGAUUUCCUCCUGUGCUUUAUGGAGAAGAGCCUCAGAUCUUGUUCAGUCUCCCAGCAUUGCAACCACAGAGGAUUAAAAAGUUUAAAAGUUUGAGUUUGUCUCUGAAAGAUAGAGAAGUGUGUUCUCAGCAAUGCUGCAUACAAGCCAGUGCUGGCUGGGGCUGCUGCUCUGUGCAUUCUCUUCCUUUCCAUACAGACCCUUAUUUAAUAUUUCCAUGCUA